AUGAGCCGGCACGCGGCGCCCCCCAGCGGCCGCGCCGGGCUGCGGCCCGCGCUGAGCCUGCCCCUGGCGCUGUGGCUGCGGCCCGCGCUGUGCCUGCCCCUGGCGCUGUGCCUGCUGCCGGCGCUGCUGCCGGGCCCCGCACGGGCGCUGCCCGCCCCGCGCCGCGCCGGCCUCUCCGGACACCUCCUGCGGGCCGCCGGCGCCUCCCUGCACCGCCUGAAGGAGCUGGGCACCCUGGGAUUUGAAUGUACCCUUGAAGAGGUUGAUCUUGAAGACAUCACUAAGAAUCACACCAACACGAUCCAAGCUUGCAUUGCUGAAGAUCCAGGGACUGGAAACUGUCCAGCACUGGAAAGCUCUACUUUUGAUACGGGGAAAUGCCUGCAGGGCAUCUAUGAGGAUCUGAAUGCCUACAGGGCAGCACUGAAGAACCUCAAUGAUCAAAAGGUGCUGGCAACUAUUGAUGAAAUGAUGAAAGCUCUGAGGAGGAGCAGCAGCAGGAGCACCCCACAGCCAAAGGCCAGCACGGGCCUGGGCUCCUUCCAGGAGAGGAUGAGGCUCUGUGGCAUCCUUCACGCCUUCCGAAUCCGCACCAUCACCAUCCACAGGAUGAUGAACUUCCUGGCCUCACCAGAGAGCUCCCUGUGA